AUGAAGAUGUUCACUGGCUCAAUCAUGUUCAAUCAAGUCUGUCUACCGCUCUUCAUUGCGUUCAUCGUCGGCUUCUUGCUCAACAACGUACGCGGCGAGCUCGCCAGCAGCAGCAGCGUGCGAUCUGAUUUGCAGCUGCGAGGAGGGAAAAAAGUGCAGAGCGUCAAGAGGACGAAGAGCAGCUUGAAGGAUGCGCCGAGGGUUCCCGUCUUUCUCAUGAUGCCCUUGGAUACCGUCAACUCGACCAGUGGAGAGCUGAGCGAAAACGCAGCGGAGCUGCUGCCUGGGGCGAAGGAAGUGUCUGCGGACGGGAUCAUGGUGGAUGUAUGGUGGGGUCUGUGCGAGCAGGAGGCAGGGAUAUACAACUUCUCUGGGUAUGUUGACCUGCUCCAGCGCUGCAAGGACCUCGGGCUGCAGGUACAAGCUGUGAUGUCCUUCCAUGCAUGCGGGGGGAACAUCGGAGACAGCGUAAACGUCCCACUGCCCCAAUGGGUGCUUGACCUGGAGGAGAAGGUCCCCGAGCUGUUCUAUAGGGACCAGGUGAGGGAGGUGGCUGAGAGAGGCGACCCCAGCAGGGAGUACAUAUCUCUCAGCUGCGACGAGCUUGCGGUGUUUCCUCCCAAGGUUGUUUCUGUCUGUAUGUGUGCAGUCCUCUCCUUCUUACACGAUGCGAACGACAGAAAGACAGCAAGCAAGCUCGGACGGGAUUUCGUCAAGGCUGGAGUUCUUGUUGAGAUUCAGGUUGGCUGUGGCCCGUGUGGCGAGCUCAGGUACCCGUCCUACCCUCUCAGCCCUCGAGAACACUUCCCUGCUGGCUGGAGGUGGCCGGGAAUAGGCGAGAUGCAAUGCUACGAUGCCGGGAUGCUGCGAAGCUUGAAGAACGAGCUAGGAUUGCCGUCUCCUCUCCCCGGGCUCGGCUGCUACAACGAUGCUCCAGAUGAUGCUCCUUUCUGGGCCAGGCCGAUCCAGGACCAGGGAGCAGUCCAGAUGCUGCUGAGCUGUGUCAUCCCACGACAGGAGAAGUUUGAUGGUGAGAUCCGUCAUGAUACCCCGGAAGGACAGAAGUUUCUCAGCUGGUACUUCUCGCUCCUCCUGGAGCACGGCUCGAAGAUCCUCUCGGUCGCCCGCCGGGUUUUUGGUGACGAGAUGAGAUUGGCCGCCAAGGUCUCCGGCAUCCAUUGGCUCCGUGCUCAUCCUUCCCAUGCUGCCGAGGCCACUGCUGGGUAUGUCGGGGAUUAUCUCCACGACAUCUGCCAGAUGCUCGCCAAGACAAACACGGUCCUGGACUUCACUUGCUUCGAGAUGCUGGACGGCAGUCAGUCCUGGUUUGCGAUGUCUCGUCCUGAGGACCUGGUUCGCAAUGCUGCUCAGGCUGCGGCAGAGGCGAACAUCGGUUUCGCAGGAGAGAACGCCUUGUUCUGCUGGCAGGAUGAGAGUGCCGUCGAGCAGGUAGAGGCUCAGUGCGAGCAAGCUGUGAGGCUGGGUGUCAAGAUGGAAGGUUUCACUCUGCUCCGACUGGAAUCCUGGCUCCUCCAGAAAGUGCUUGUCGAGGAGAAGUUCCAGCCGCUCCUUGCGCACCAAACUUUCCAUUAUGGCCAAGAGAGCAUACGACAAGUUCAUGGCCUCUCAGACGUAGAGCAGCAGCAGCAGCAGCAGCAGCAGCAGCAGCAGCAGCAGCAGCAGCAGGUUUUUAUUCUUUAG